UGUAUUACUAACAUGUCUGCCUCUCUUUGUUGAAGGUUAUUAUCAACUGAGACGUCUGCAUCAUCUCCAUCAUGAAGACUCUGACUGUGACUGCACUUCUCUGUGCCGUGAUGGCGCUGACCACCGCUGCUACUCUUUCAGAGGUGAAGGAUGUACAGGAAGCUCUGGAAAAACCUGAAGAAGGAGAGCAUCAAGUCGUUGAGAGGUCAACAUCUUGUCCUGGUGGUUGGAGAAAGAUCAAUGGUCGCUGUUUCCUCUACGUCCCACGAGCCCAGAGCUGGGCUCGCGCUGAGAGAAACUGCCAGUCCAUGGGUGCAAACCUUGCCUCUGUACAUCGAGCUGAGGAGUACCACGGGAUUAAAAGGAUGAUCACAGAUGUAACUCAUGGACAUCCAGAGACAUGGAUUGGAGGCUAUGAUGCUGCAGAGGAGGGUGUUUGGCUCUGGAGUGAUGGUACCCCUUUAAGAUUUUCCUACUGGUGCGGCGGAGAGCCGAAUAACUACCGUGGACAACACUGUAUACAGAUAAAUUAUGGAGACAAUAAAUGCUGGGAUGACCGGAGUUGUUACGAUCACCUCCCGUCUGUCUGUGCCAAGAACAUCUGAAGACUCCUGGUGUAACACAGA